AUGGAUUUCAACGUAACUUCGCGAAAACGAGCAGCACCUUCCGUAGCACAGGGUCACGGCGCGGUUGGCGCCGACGGUCGCGGCGUAGGUCCUUCGGGAUGGAAAUCCUCCGCAGGAAGCGGCGGAGUUUCCGCGUGCCAGUUGUCGAUGUACGACGAGGCGCCGGUGGGAGAGGAAGUGGCCAUGGAGCAAUUCGAGGAAUUUGCUUUGGACCGGCUCCGUGUGCUCAAGGCGAUUGACGACGCCAAGGCGCGGGGAACAAAGGUGGACGAGCUCGACAGCAUGGUAUCUGACAUAUGGCGGAAGUAUAUGCGAGCUGGAUGCUCAUUGGCUGACGCUCGUCGCAAGGACGUCAUAUCGCACUACAUCCUACGACUCGCCUACUGUCGCACGGAGGAGCUACGGCGGUGGUUGUUGGCGCAAGAGUCGGCUCUAUUCCGCCACCGAUUCCGAGCCGAGACACCUGAAAACCAGAGGUGGUUUUUGGAGAGCAACGGUUUACCCUAUCGUGCCAUUGGUGCAGCAGAGAUGACAGGAGUGCGAGAGAAGCUCACUCAAGUUGCCAGGUCCCUAAACCUACCUGUUCCAAAUGUUGACAGUGUCUUUUACAAGGUUCCGUUCGAAGAGGUUCCCGAUCUAGUGGCUUCUCGCAGGGUCUAUCUUGAAAAGGGCUUUGCGUUUGUCCCUAGAGACCAGCUGGCAGCUAUUGUGGUGGGUCAGUUCCGAGCUAAGCUGUCGAAAGCACUAGUGGCGACCAACAGGAAGUGGCUUGCUCACAUACAAGAGGACGAGCAGGAGCGCUUGACACCCGUGAUUGAAGCUCUCAGCACCCGCUAUCUAGGCCCGGACUUCUCCCAGCCUGGCGAGACUGCUGAGGUGUCGCUCCGUGAUUUGGAUGUCGUUGCGCGGCAGUCUUUCCCGCUCUGCAUGCGUCACCUAUUCUUUAAGCUGCGGGAGGAGCAUCAUCUGCGGCACGGAGGCAGAAUGCAGCUGGGGCUGUUUCUCAAGGGCAUCGGGCUGAGAUUGGAGGAUGCACUCACAUUCUGGCGCUCUGAGUUCUCCAGAAAGAUGGGAGCAGAACGGUUCGACAAGGAGUAUGCGUAUUCGAUCCGGCACAACUAUGGCAAGGAGGGAAAGCGCACAGACUACACUCCCUUCUCCUGCGUCAAAGUCAUCAUGAGCACUCCGGGUGUGGGGGAUCACCAUGGGUGUCCCUUCAAGCACUUCAGCGAGGACAACUUAAGAGCUGCCCUUUCUCGCAUGGGGGUGUCUUCAGGAUCAGCCAUGGAUGAGAUCAUGCAGAAGACACGGCAGCAGCACUACCAGGAGCUCCAUGCCCCACAGGGAUCACACAUCCAAAUCAAUACUUCAUGCUCAGCAGACAAGUUAUCGAGGGGCGAACUCAACCAUCUGUCCCACAAGGUCAUCCACCAAGGGAACCAGAGUCAAAUACUAAUAAUCCAAGUGAAAGGGCUCGACAUCAUGGGGAAGGCGGAGAUUAUAUCGAACAUCUUGCUAGCCGGGCUAUCCGUGGCUCCUCUUUUCGUAAAAAUCAACCCCAACUUCAAUGUCGUCGCCAUGGCUUCGCUAACCGUCUUCGCUGGGUGUUACCGCUCCGUCAAGCCGGCCGCUCCAGCGGAGACGAUGUCGAAGGAGCACGCCAUGCGCUUCCCCAUCAUCGGCAGCUGUGUGCUCUUCUCCCUCUUCCUGCUCUUCAAGUUCCUCCCCAAGGACCUGGUCAACAUGGUGCUCAGCGCCUACUUCGUCUUCCUGGGAGUCAUGGCCAUCGGGGCGACAAUUCUCCCUCUUGUCUCACGAUUCGUGCCUGCAAAGUGGAAUGAGGAUAUUUUCUACUGGAAAGCUCCCUAUUUUAAAGAUUUUGAGAUAGAGCUGACGUUGGCGCAGGUGGUGGCGGGCAUUCCCAGUGCGGCUUUCUGCGUGUGGUACGUCACGCGCAAGCACUGGUUCGCCAACAACGCCCUCGGCCUCGCCUUCUCGCUGCAAGGAAUUGAAAUGCUCUCCCUCGGCUCCUUCAAGAUUGGAGCUAUCCUCCUGACUGGUCUAUUCUUCUACGACAUCUUUUGGGUCUUCUUCACGCCGGUUAUGGUCUCUGUCGCCAAGUCAUUUGACGCGCCCAUCAAGCUGCUGUUCCCAACUGGUGACCUCGCAAGACCUUUCUCCCUGCUGGGACUGGGCGACAUUGUCAUCCCUGGCAUCUUUGUGGCCCUCGCUCUAAGGUUCGAUGUCUCUAGAGGCACUGGUCCCCGUUACUUUAUCUCCACCUUUGCUGGUUACAUGGCUGGGAUCAUUACUACCAUCUUCGUUAUGAACUACUUUCAAGCUGCCCAGCCUGCCCUUCUUUACAUUGUUCCUGGGGUCAUGGGUUUUCUAGGUGUACACGGCGCAAUCCGAGGAGAACUCAAGGAGUUAUUGGCUUAUGAUGAGUCUGGGGAUGGUGACGAAAAGGAUGGUGAUCAUGAUGCGAAUGGAUGCCUGCAGCCGACCAGAGCCGCAGAGAGUGGACCGCGUCUAGAGGAAGAGAGCUUCUUCGCUUUCUUUGCGCUUGAUAUCCACCUUUCCUAUUCCGUUGCUGCGGAGUCGCGUGCGUACGAGCACCGCGUCGCGAUGGACGCGAUACGGAAGCAGCUGGACGCGCUGAUGGGCGCCAACAGGAACGGCGACGUGCAGGAGACGAACAAGAAUUACUACGACCGGGAUGUUUGUCGCGCGUUUCUGUGUGGCCUCUGUCCGCACGAUCUGUUCACGUUAACGAAAAUGGAUCUUGGACCCUGCUCCAAGGAGCAUUCACUCCGCUUGCGAAAAGAAUAUGAAGAGGCGAAGGCCAAGGGUCUGGUGGACUACGAGCGAGAGCUGGAGGGCAUUUUGGAAAAGCUGAUCGUGGAGUGCGAUCGCAAGAUCCAACGGUCGUUCAAGCGCCUGGAGGACGAGGAGGGCGCGGCUGCUCUGAACGCCGUUAAAGUGUCUGAAGUCACUGAUUCUCCUGAGUCUGUUGAGCUGACGAAGAAGAUUUAUCAGAAAAUGGCAGAGGUCGAUCAGCUGGAGCUUGAGAACAGGAUGGACGACAAGAUUCGGGCCACGGAGGAACUAGAGAAGCUGAAGCAGGAACGAGCGGACAAGCAGGCCGCAUCCAUUCUUGAUGCCUUCAACAAGGAUCGUCUCUCCGGGCCGCCAGCACCCGGAGGGCCGGCGGUGGCAGCACCGGUGCUGAACCAGCCGGACAGCAAGACGCAGGAGAUGAUAAAAGAGAAGCUCCGACGGGCGGAGCAAGCCGGAGAGGAGGGGCGGGUGGACGAGGCUCAGAAGCUCAUGGAGGAGGCGGAUGCGCUCAAGAAGCUCGCCAUGGCUCCGAAACCAGACCCCAUUGCAAGCCUCGGCUUUCAAAUCGCGGAUCAGAAGCUCCGGGUGUGCGACAUCUGUGGGGCAUUCCUCAGUAUCUUUGACAGCGACAGGCGAUUGGCUGACCACUUUGGGGGGAAGCUGCAUCUGGGGUAUCUCUUUAUCCGCGACAAAAUCAACGACAUUCGGGAGAAGAGGAGAAAGAAGGAUGAGCUGCGGGACUAUGAUCGUGACCGUCGGCACAGGUCUCGCUCUCGCUCGCGAUCCCGCUCUCGCGACCGCUACUCCCGGCGUUCCGAUCGCUACUGA